AAGAGACAACAACAAAUGGAAGGUGAGAUUUGUCUCCAGUCCUCGCUGUUGCUUCUUCGAUCUGUCCGUUUCUAUUUGCAGGUAAACACAUGUUUUGUAUUCAUCAGUAUCUCAUUUCUAAAUGUUUUUCUCCUUCAUUUUGCAGACUUGAAAAUCAAAAAUGUCAACUUGGAAGAAUCCAAAAACCUGGAGAGGCACAGGACGGAGGGCUUCAGCGGCUCCAAGACCCUGGUGGUGCGAAGAGGGGUCCCGAUCAGGGUCAGCGUGCAGCUGGAGGGCCGAGCCUUCGACCCCAGGACCGACACUCUGAGGAUCAAAGUGAUGCUAGGCCGCCUGUACGUGGUCAUGCCGGUCACUUUCUCCAAGAAGGUUUCUCCCCGCUGUUGGAUGGCUUACAUUGACCCGGAGGACCUGAACCCCCAGAACCCGUCCAUCUUCAUCUCCUCUCCUGCCUCUGCCGCCGUGGGCUGCUACGGGUUCCAGCUGUACGUGUUCAACCAGGGCGUGAAGAAGACGUGCGCGUUCAGCAAAUUCAUCCUGCUCUGCAACCCCUGGUGUCGCGAGGAUGCUGUGUAUAUUCGUUUUGAGGACCAGAGAGAAGAGUACAUCCAGAAUGACUCCGGCCUGCUGUUCAUAGGGACAACUAAGAAUAUUGUGUCGAGACCAUGGUCCUUUGAUCAGUUUGAGCCCGGUGUUCUUGAGGCGUGUUUGAAUCUGCUCCAAGUCAGCCCUCAGCACCAAAAGAACCGGAACAUGGACUACCUGAACAGAAAAAGCCCCAUCUACAUCAGCCGGGUCGUGUCUGCCAUGAUCAACAGUAAAGACGACCGCGGUGUGCUGACAGGGAAAUGGAACGGGAGCUUCAAGGAUGGAGUGAACCCCUCCUUGUGGACUGGGAGCGGUGACGUCUUGACGCAGUGGGCGGAGUCCGGCUACAGCCCGGUCAAGUAUGGACAGUGCUGGGUUUUUGCAGCCGUCAUGUGCACAGUCAUGAGAGUUCUCGGCAUUCCUUGCCGCGUUAUCACAAACUUCAACUCCGCCCACGACACCAACAACAACCUGGUGAUCGAGGAGUACUACAGCGAGACGGGGCAGAAGCUGAAGUACAGCAAUGACAGCAUAUGGAACUUCCAUGUGUGGGUGGAGUGCUGGAUGAGUCGCCGGGAUGUGGGACCAGGAAUGGACGGCUGGCAGGUUCUGGACCCGACCCCCCAGGAGAGGAGCGGAGGGGUGUUCUGCUGCGGCCCGGCGCCGGUCAAAGCGAUCAAGGACCGGCGUAUCGACCUGUUCUUUGACAUCCCCUUCGUCUACGCCGAGGUGAACGCCGACGUCCACGUGUUCAUGGUGAGCGAGGGUCGCGUGGUCAGCCACAGCAAGGACACGGAGAGAGUGGGAUCGCUCAUCUGCACCAAAGCGGUGGGCGUCCACAGACACCAGAACAUCACGGGGGACUACAAAUUCAUCAAAAGCCCGAAUUCAACACUCUCAUCGAGAAGUUCCGCAAUGUCAGAGGACUCGACGUUAAGCAGAGGCUCAGGCGUGUUGGUGGUCCUGGAUCUGUGUAAAGUUCCUGUUGCCGGGGAGCCGGUCCACUUCACGAUGAAAGUGAAGAACAAGCACAGGGUGGCCAAGAGGAUGAAAGUGCAUCUGAACGCCCAGGCCAAAGAAUACAACCACAGCCCGUCGGACACCUUCUGGGAACGCCACGGCGUCGUGCAACUGGCACCCAUGGAGGUCAAGGUCAUCCACCAGCAGAUCCUCCCAGCCGAGUAUGAGAACGUGGUGGGCGACGACGUCAUCAACCUGGCAGUCGUCCUGGAGGACCUGGCCAGUCACGAGCGAGUCCUGGCCUCAGAGGAGUUCAAUAUCGCCAGCCCACAGCUCGCCAUAGAGAUUGCAGACCCAGACUCCGUCGUGCUCAGCAGAGAGCAGGCGGCCAUCGUGACCUUCACCAACCCGUUUUCUUACCCCGUGAGCGGAGUACUGACUGUAGCCGGGGCCGGGCUCAUUCAGGGCAAGGUCAACUUCAGGAUGCUCCCUCUGCAUCCAGGCGGCAGCGUGAUGCAGCGCAUCACCUUCGUCCCCACCAAGCUGGGAACGAAGAUGCUGCAGGCCCGCCUGUCACUCUCAGACAUCAACUCCGCCAUCAGGGGCUUCAAGAUGGUCUCUGUCUGCAGAGCCUAAAUCCUGAUGUCAGUGUAGUUUCACUUUUUUUAAUGUUUUUUAAUGUUAUUUAUGUUGUAUAAACUAAAAGUCACUCAACUGGAGCUAGACAAUGGCAACAUCAGUUGCAGAUUGAUGAACAUUUACAUUAUCAACCUUCAUGUUUUUCUAUUGCUUUGUAUGAUUUAAAUGUUGAUGUAAAUUAUAUUUAUUUAAUUAUUUAUUUAUAAUGAAGUGUAAAUUAAAAAAAAUUUAUUUUA